CAGAUAUAGACAAAGGAAUACACUUCCGUUUGUGCUCGCUCAACUUCCUCUGUACUUCCUGGUGUACGGGAAAACUUUCCGCUAGUAAUUACUACCACUUCUACUACUUCUCAGUGUGGCGCAUAUUUUUAGUAUUUUACAAAAUGAAGAUAGUCACCUGGAAUAUAAAUGGUAUACGGUCGUUCAGAUGUGGGAUCAAAAAGACGCUUGAUGAGCUGGACGCGGAUAUCAUAUGCGUGCAGGAGACCAAAGUGACAAGAGACCUGCUCGAUGAGAGGAUUGCCAUCGUUGAUGGUUAUAACUCCUAUUUCAGCUUCAGUCGAGGACGCAGUGGCUACUCAGGUGUCGCCACUUAUUGUAAGGACAAUGCCACACCUAUAGCUGCUGAGGAGGGUCUCACCGGUCUGUUGACCAAUAACGCAGGGGGUAUUGGUUGUUAUGGUAACCACUCCGAGUUUACAGACGAGGAGCUGCAGCUUUUGGACAACGAAGGCCGAGCUAUCAUCACGCAACACAGAGUACAGUGUUCGGACAAAAUCCAAACUAUUACUGUGAUAAAUGUUUACUGUCCGCGAGCUGACCCGGAAAAGCCAGAACGAAGACAGUUCAAACUGCAGUUCUACAAGUUGCUUCAGACUCGAGCUGAGGCUAUGUUGAAGAACGGGAGCUCUGUAAUCCUUUUAGGGGAUGUAAAUACCUCUCAUCGGCCAAUAGACCAC